UUCAAACCAAACCACCAAAAAAACCCGAACCCCAAUUCCAUGCACACCCCUGCCUUUCUUCUUUUUUUAAAAAGAGCUACUAUAGAUUCAGCUGAUAAACCUCCUUUCGAGAGGCAUUCUAAAGACUGCCUCCACCAUGUACCUUCGUGGUGUUAGGAAAUAGGGCAGGGAAUUCUGCAGAGAAGAGAGAACAGAGCAUGGGGAGGAGAGUUCAAAUAUGCAGUAAGAAAAUGGAAGAAGCACCAUGUUUAAGCAGUUACAUAAUUAUUCAUGUUACCUUAUGUCACUUUUCACAUGAAUGGCUGUGCAUGCAUUCAUUUUAAAAGUCAACACAGGGAGAAGACUUCUUCAAAAUGUGUAGAAUACAGAAUACUUCCUCAACACACUGGGAUACCUGGAAUGGGUAGUAUAAGCCUUGAGACAAUGAGACAACUCAGACAAAAUAUGCCAAGUCUACUUCCUCAGCCUUAUAGCUUUGCAGAUCCAUUUAAUCAAGCAUGGAUGCACAAUCUCCUCCCACAUUUGCCAUUCUUCUGGAUGAGGAGAGGACCUCAAAAUCAUGAAACUCAACAGUACGAAUACUCAAUGCCAGUACACCCUCCUCCACUUCCAUCUCAGCAAACACCUCUUCUAGGUCAACAGCCUGCAAUACAAGAACAAACUCCCUACCAGUUCAUGAAUCUACAUCCUACACAACAAGUUCAAAUCCAGCACUAUGAUAUGCAGCCACCAUUCCAGCCAAAGUUUCCACUGCCAGAAGGAAAUCAGCCAGUGGUUCAACAACUGCCACCAGCAGACAAGCAAAAAACACAGUUGCCCGUACAAGAAUUCUUGGGGGCAUUAGGUCAGGUGUUCUACACAGAUUUACAGAGAACCCAACAAGAUCCAGUGCAACCACCACAGCAACGUUCUAUUCAUCCCAGUUUGUAUUAUAUGUCAUACAUAGCAAAUCAAGGAGGUGCUCCUGCCAGAUUAGGAAUAGUAAGCUCAGAAGAAAUGCAGGGUGGCAGAUUUGGUGCACCAGCUUACCAAGCAAUGGGCUCUGAUCCCUUUGCUAUGAGCUCUGGGUUUGGAAACAUACCACAGAAACACAUAGGCCAGCCAGGUGACUACACUGUUGAAGAUGACCAGCUCGGAAUCACAGAGCAGCCCGAAGUUCAAGGAGGAGCUAACAUAGGGAUGAACCCUUCAGGCAAUGGGAACCACAUCAGCCCCCUGGAGGGCAUUCAGGGUGGUGCCUUGCCGAACGCCAACAGCAAUCUGCUAAACCCUGCUGCCCAGAGCAAAGGACUCUCAGGUGCACCCCAAGCGACGGCCAUGCCACUAGCAACUCAAGGCUUCCCCGACAGCUUCAUGCCUUAUGAGGCUGAUCCUACCCUGCCUUUGGAUCCCACCAUGUUCCCCGACACCAUAUACACAUCCCCUGCAGGAAAUGAGGCUGGCCAGCCACAAGUAGUUCAGGAUGUAUGGCAUUUCCAAGAGCCUUGAGUGUCCUUAAGAAACAUGCCACUUACUAUAUGUACCCUUCAGAUAUUUCCUGUACUUGAUGCAUUGGCUUAGGAGGACUACUAAAAUUCUAUACAAAGAGCACAAAAGCAUUACAUGUGCUCAUCAAUGUAUGCAGCUUGUGGCAGUGAUGGGGUAACCUUUGUUUCAUGUUUUACAUUUCACGUCUGGAAAAGCCUUGGAGAUGCCAGGUGAUUCAUGGCUACAAAUAAAAUGCCAUUCUACUAGCACUUGCUGAGGUUCUGUUCCUUUGUUUAUGCCACUCUAGUUUUCAUUUGCUUUACGCCCUUGCCUGACUAAUAUUUUAAAUAAUGAUUAUUAUUUAUGAAACCUUUGGCUUUAGAAACCAGAAUUGCACUCAAGAUUUAUAAGCAGUUUCACUAAAUUGGAGUUUAUAGUGGGUCUCCGAUUCUGAUUAGAUGGCUCAGUGUAUUGCGUUGAUUUAUUUAGGCACUGUGUAAUAAACUUUUAUUUACCCAUG